AUGGCGCUGCCUGAAAUGGACAAACAGCUGCGCAUCCUCGUCGAGAGCGCCAUCGAGGAGGCCCAGUUUGACCAUGCAAUUGCCAUUUUCGAUACUUGUCGCUCUCCCCACCACAGACCAUCUCCCAUCCUCCUUCUCCACACACUCUACAUCUCCCUCCACCACAAUGCCCGUCCCUCCCGCAUCGACGACCCCACUCAGCCCGUCCACGACCCUGCAGAGCUCCUGCGCCAGUCGCCCCGCAAGAUGAUGAGGCACCACAAAUCAGACAUCGUCCUCCAUCCAUCCGCCGUCCGCGCUGCUCACCGUCUCCUCCGUGCCUUUGUCCGCACAAACCCUGCCGCUGCCUUUGCACCAGCUCUGCCCUUUUACCCCGAGUCAAAGGUCCCCCAGCUCGCUUCCUUUGAGUACAUCGACAGUCCCAUUCAUCCCCAGGCCAUCGCUCUCAAGAACGCACGCUCCGUCUGGGAUGUUCUCCGCUCAGAUUGGAUAGUCAAGACCUACAGGGCAAGUCUCGCCGCAGAGCAAAAGGCCAUGGCAAAGCAGCGCAGGUCCUCCACCAUCGCCAGGGAAUCCUCCUUCGCAGGCUCAUUCACAGACUGGACCGUCGAGGACGACAGUCUCGUAGUCGGCGACAACGCGUGGCACACCCUCGAAUGGUUCGUCGACCUCUUCGAGGCAGAUGCAGAGCAGUCUCCCGAGCGUGAGUAUCGCCACUCUUCUCUGCUGCUCAGGCAGCUACCCCCACCCACCAUUGGCAGCCACAAGCGCUGGGACGCAUCAGAGCCUCUCAAAAUCAUCUUUUUCGCAUUCAAACAAUCCGAUUUACGCCGUCAACGCACGGGCCUGCGUCUCUUCAACCUUCUCCUGGAGCUCACCCAAUCCGGUCAUCUCGAUCUUAUCCCCUUUGCGUCUACUGUGCUCUCCCAAAUCUCCCUCGCCGCCUCUGCCUCUCCAUCGCACACCCAUCGCUCGAUACUCACUGACCUCCUCACCCGCCUCUCCUCCACCUCGCCCGCAGCCAUCUCCUUCAAACUCGUCCUCUGCAAAAAGAUCCUCGCCCUCCUCGAGCCCGAGCCCGAAUAUGACACCCGCAUGCUGCCCAUCGACGCGCCCCCGCCCAUGUCAGGCGGGUCAGCGACAACAACAAGUGCAGAUGUGACUGCGACGCCAGGGAGGGGGAGUGUUAAUAGUAUGACCUUCCCACCGGGGUCGCCUGUGGCCACCAGACCGAGAAUCAGGCCGCGCCCUAAACCCGCGGCGCGUAUCGCUGCUGCUGCUGUUGCCGCCGCUGAGAACGGUCUCACAACGCCAGAGAAAAAAAAAGAAAACGACAAGGUUGUGCCUAAUGGUACCGGAGCUAUGGGCCCGCCACCGGUUGUCGCACCACAGACGCCCAAGCGGGCUGCGCCACCAGCUCCUGCGACACCAGUGCUUGCACCAACACCUGCACCAGCAUCAGCGCCGGCAGCACCAACACCAGCACCACCGCUGCCGCAGAUGCGCAUACAGCUCCCGCCGCUAAUGGAGAUCGCCCAUCUCAUCCAGCUGAAUCCUCCCGCGCCCAAGCCUGCUGCUGCUGUCCCGAGCACACCGCGGCGCACCACAGAAAACCCUGUAGACCGCCAGACGCGACGCACCUCGGGACGAUUAGCGGCGGGUCCAACCACACCCACGCGCGGGUCGCGGGCAAACGGUAGGACCACAACUCCAACCUCCAAAACCACCGCCAGGGUCAAUGUCAAAGCCAAAACUAUGGCCAAGGGUAAAGCCAGAGCCAAAGCGCAGGUCAAAGCAAAGGGCAAAGGAAAAGCCAAAGCGACGCACGAAGAAGAAGAAGAAGACACCGAGCGAGAGGACGAAGACUCCGUACCGCGCGGGAGCGCAGAGCCGCAUGUGGCGGCGCAUACGCCGUGGACGACGCCCCGCGCGCUGUUGUUGCGUAUCCGGUUUGAGCUGGUGCGUGCGUGGAUUGGGGCGCGGGCGGUGAGGGAGUGUGAUGUGCGGGCUUUGGCGGGGGCGGGUGGUAUGGGUGCGGAUGUGAAUGGGAAUGGGGAGGAUGGGGUAGGGAAGCGCGAGGAGAAGGAGCGAGAGGAUGCGGAUGUGAAGAGGAUCAUUGAUGAGGUGUUCGGUCCACCGAAAGUAUCAGUGAAGCAGGGUGAGGCGAUGGAUGUAGAGGAUGGAACUUCGAACUCGAAAGUGAAUUUGGACCCGGACCCGGACGCAGAGCUGGACGAGCAGGAUAGACGGGAUAAAACGUUUUAUUGGGAGGUGUUGGGUAUGCUCUUGCGCGCUGCUGCCGGGUCGGGGCGUUAA